GGGCAUGAAGACCCCGGCGGCGGGCAGCGCAGAGCUUGGGGCGUCCGGGGAUCUUCCGCGCCCGCGGUAGGGCGGCGCCGCCCCCCCCCCCGUCCCUGUCCCUUCCUCGACCCGGAGCGGGGACUGCGCGGGGACUGCGCAGCGCCAGCACCGCCUCGCUCCGCGCAGCGCGGCUGCCCCGGAGCCCCCGGCAUGGAGCGCCUGCUCAACCUCAGCUGCCUCGCCGAGGCGACGCCAGACGCCGGCAACCGGAGCGGGUCCUCCAGCGGCCCGGACGGCAGUCGGGUGCAUCUCUCUGUCUUCAGCGUUCUGGUCCUCACUUUGUUGGCCAUGCUGGUGGUGGCCACUUUCCUCUGGAACGGGCUGGUCCUGGCCACCAUCCUUCGGGUUCGCAGUUUCCACCGGGUGCCCCAUAACCUGGUGGCCUCCAUGGCCAUCUCUGACGUGAUGGUAGCAGCCUUGGUCAUGCCCCUCAGCCUGGUGCAUGAGUUAUCAGGGCGUCGGUGGCGGCUGGGCCGAUUGCUCUGCCAGGUGUGGAUCUCCUUUGAUGUGCUGUGCUGCACCGCCAGCAUCUGGAAUGUCACAGCCAUUGCCCUUGACCGCUACUGGUCCAUCACCCGCCACCUAGAGUACACGCUCCGCACCCGGCGCCGCAUCUCCAACAUCAUGAUCGCCCUCACCUGGGCGCUCUCUGCCUUCAUCUCCUUGGCCCCGUUGCUUUUUGGCUGGGGAGAGACUUACUCGGAGAACAGUGAAGAGUGCCAGGUCAGCCAGGAGCCUUCCUACACCAUCUUCUCCACCUUUGGCGCCUUCUACCUACCCCUCUGUGUUGUGCUCUUUGUGUACUGGAAGAUCUACAAGGCUGCCAAGUUUCGAUUUGGGUCUCGGAAGAGCAACUCCAUCACCCCCAUUGCACCAGAAGCCAUGGAGGCAAAAGAAGCUGCCCAGCAGCCACAGAUGGUCUUCACUGUCCGUCAUGCCACUGUUACAUUCCAGACGGAUGGAGACACAUGGAGAGAGCAGAAGGAAAAGAAAGCUGCCCUCAUGGUGGGCAUCCUUAUCGGGGUCUUCGUGCUCUGCUGGAUCCCCUUCUUCAUCACGGAGCUCAUCAACCCCCUCUGCUCGUGCAACAUCCCACCCAUUUGGAAGAGUAUUUUUCUAUGGCUAGGCUACUCAAACUCCUUUUUUAAUCCACUCAUCUACACUGCCUUCAACAAAAACUACAACAAUGCCUUCAGGAACCUAUUCUUUAGACAGCACUGAGCAGAGCAAGAUUUCCUGCUGUCCCAGGAAGCUGAUUUCAACUGUCAGUGGAUCCUACCAAGUUCUUGAGGAAGUUGGGAGCCACAGAAACCGAGGUGAUGCUCAACACACAUUCCCAUGGGCUGUAUGUCCCAGCAGCAGUCCUGGUUCCUUCGCAGAUUCACCAUCUCAGUCUCUAAGUCACCUGCUAUUUUUACUGCAAAUAGCAUGUACAAGUUCCUCUGGCCAGCAGCAUGGCAUUCCUCUUGCAGUGUCCCACUGCUUUCCUCCUGCCUUCCUAGGGCCGACGUGUUUGGUGGCAGCAGUGGUGCAGAGGAGUCUUCUAGCAGGAGUAACAGCCUGGUUUGGCCACUGCUAGUGUCUCACAGCACUGCUCAGCUUUGUCCCUGUGCAAAGCUGAAACCUUUUUGUGUCAGGAGGUUUUGUGACUGUACCUGAAGUCAGAUAUUUUAUGGCUUGACUGAAAAGGCCAUUUGUCCUCUCUUUCACCAGGAGAGAUUGUUCAGUGUUUGCAUUUGGGGAACAAAACGCUCAGUAAGGGUUAAGGGCAGACUCCCAAGUACAAAGCCUUUUCUCACAUACCUUGGCAACAAGGGAUUGUGCUAUUUACUACUGGAUUCUGUGCAGUGAGUUUUUUAAAACAAUACUUGUUGUGAAAGCUUAAUGCAUGGUGCACCCUGGGCAGGAGAGAGAGCAUGGGAAAUCCACCUCUUGGGCUCUGACCGAUACAUGUAAGCAUCUGCCUCAGACCUUAAGUUUCAGAAACAUCAGCUGUAAAUACGUUAAUCUUGUGUCUGUGCUUCCCAUUCUAAACCAUCAAUGUGUUUUAAGGAGCCAAGGGGUAGGUUUCCUGUAGUUGCAGGAGAUGGAAGGAGUGUAUUUCAAAUUGCUUGUCAAUGAGGAGCUGUAUUUUACUGUUUCUGAGUGCAAUUCAGCUCUUCUUGAAACCAAAGGAAGCUUCCCACUCUGUUUCUGUGAGGACUGGACUGUUUGCAGAGGGCCUUUAAUGACUGAUGAUGUUUCAUUCUAGAAGCAUAACCAAACCAUAGAGACUCUUUGCGGUGAG